AUGGCAACCUCAAAACUCCCCGUCGAGACCCUGCCCACCUGGGCCAUGUUCAACGACGUCGACCUCGUCGACGUCGAGGCGCGCGAGAUCCCCGGCUGCGGGCUCGGGCUUCUCGUGAACAAGGAGCUCAGUCGCGAGGAGGAGACGUUCGACAUCCCGACGCUGCUCAGGAUACCGCACGAGCUGGUGCUCUCCGCCGAGGCCGUCGAGAGCUACGCCAAGGUGGACAAGAACUUCCGCCAGCUGCUUGAUGCGUGCGGGCACAAGUCGGCCACCGCCGCCAAGAUCGUCACUCUGACCGACGAAUUCGACGAGCUCCGCGAAACCUCAGAAGCCCUCCCAUUCUGGAACGAAUUCUUCUGGGAAUCCGACAAGGUAUCACUCAUCGAUUGGGCCCGUGUCGACGCCUGGUUCCGCUCCCGUUGCCUGGAGCUUCCCAAGUCAGGCGAGGCCAUGGUCCCGGUGCUGGACCUGGCGAACCACUCAGCCCAGGCCAACGCGUACUACGAAGAAAACAGCAAGGACGAGGUGGUGCUGCUCCUGCGACCGGGAUGCAGGGUCUUGUCUGGGGAUGAGAUGACAAUCUCGUACGGUGACGCGAAAUCCGGGGCAGAGAUGCUCUUCAGCUAUGGGUUCAUCGACCCCGCGUCUGCCGCCGACCGCAUCACGCUGCCCCUGGCGCCUCUCGAAGACGACCCGCUGGGCAAGGCGAAGCUGCACAUCUUUGGCGGCGCCCCGAGUGUGGAGUUUGACCGGACGAAUGGGACGCUCAGCUGGAAGAGCCCUUUCGCCUACUUCCUGUGUCUGAACGAGGAAGACGGCCUUGACUUUCGCGUGCUGCAGGACACCGGGGGAUCACGGGAGCUAAAAGUCUUUUGGCAGGAGGAGGACGUGACCGACACGACGACGUCUUUCGAACAGCACAUUGACGGUCAUCCCCUCGCUCAGAUCUUUCGUCUGAGAGUGGUUACCGUCUUGCAGGAUCUCGUCGCCGGCCAGCUGGAACGGCUGGCCACGGGCAUGUCCCUGGACGACCUUGACGCAUCGCUCAGUGAAGGAGGUCUCAUUUGCGGGGCGUGCAUCACCGCCGCUGCCACGUUAAGGGAGCAAGAGACCAGCCUGCUGGAAGCCGCUAUGAAGACUUUGGAAGACCAGAAAACACAACUUCUCGCAGACGAAAACGUGGUGGCUUAUCUCGGAUCGAUGGAAGUUGCCCAAAACGAACUAGUGGAGGCCGAGGCGUCCAAUGACGAGGAGGACUUCAGUUGA